AUGCUUUCAAAGGCUAGAGAACGCUGGAGCAGGACUUGGCAACCGCGGAGGACGUUGAAAACAAGGCUUCCCGUUCGCUCAGCCCUAUUUAAGCAACGUACCGGUGGAUUAGUAGUUAGGUGGGUGACCACUAGCGAAUACCCGCUGUUGUAUGUUUUUGCCUUUUUUGACGCUCAUCUCACUCACUUAAGCUGGGUAAGGUGCUUUCCGGCCACCCAACCAAAUGUAACUACCUCACUUUAG